AACAAGAGUUUGGUUACAGUUGUGUCAUAACUUAUGGGAUAAUAAGUCACAGUCACUUUUCACCUUGUACACAUAAGCUAAGGUACAGGGGAUUAAUAGGGGCCAAGCAGCUCGUGAUUGUCAUCCAAAAGUUUUAUUCAGCCCUGCAAAAUGUAAUGCACUCUCCAAAUUCAUUCUGCGCGCAUUUACGAAGCUUUACGGUUUUCGUUUCACACACGGAAGCACUGCACGCUCCCGCACUCGCCUGUCGCCUCUCUACCGCCUUCUUUUGGCACACAGGAGUUUAGCUUCUGCCUCCAUUUGGCCAAGUUAAUGUCGUUAACCGUUCAGCGAUAAUCGACUCGGGUAGAAGAAAACUGCGUCGGAGAAUUCUUUUAGCGGUAGCUACUGUACGCAGGGACCGAGUAAAGCGUCUACAGAGCCCAGUCACAUCCCCGCCGUUUGUCAGUGACAUUGACACAUCGGUAGCGUUGUGCUGCCGUGCACGAGUUCAUGUGUGUACACUAACGCUGGGCUCCGCUUCCCCGCAGUUCCCUUAGCUUCAGCUACAAUGAGCGAAUACUUCAGCCUGUCGGACUGUGAUGUUAUCGGCUUCGACCUGGACCAUACGCUCUGCCGCUACCAUCUGAAGGAGACCUCCAGGCUCAUCUAUGAGAGUUUUGCCAGAUAUCUGGUGGAACAUAAAGGCUAUGACAUGGACCUGCUGAACCUAACCCCUGCUACCUGGGAUUUCUGUUUUAAAGGACUAGUGGUAGAUCUGGAGGAUGGAAACCUUGUGAAGCUGGCUGAAGAUGGAACUGUCUUGCGAGCGACACAUGGAACCAAUGACCUCAGCACAGAAGAGAUCAUCAAACAUUAUGGUCCUAAAAGGGAGUGGAAGCACUUCAACAGCCUUAAUACCUCCUUCACAAGAUCUGCAAAUUACUAUUUCUACGACAACUACUUUGAUCUACCUGGGGCUCUUCUCUGUGGAAGAGUUGUGGAUAUGUUGCAUAAGCGAGGAAAUGAGGUGAAUUCUGACUUUUGGAAAGACAUGGUUGCUGCCAUUGACCACAAUUACAACACAUCUGCAUUCAAAGAGGACACAGGGACUUACUUCCCCAGUGUGAAGAGGGACCCGGGUCGGUACCUGCAGCCCUGCUCUGACUCCGUCAAGUCCUGGCUGCACAGCAUGAAGAACGCAGGGAAGGUCCUCCUCCUCAUCACCAGCUCUCACAGCGACUACUGCAGGCUCAUCUGUGAACACAUCCUGGGGAAGGAUUUUGAGGAGCUAUUUGACGUCAUCAUCACAAACGCCCUCAAGCCCGGUUUCUUCUCCUUGGUGCCCCAGCAGAGGCCCUUCAGGACCCUGGUGAACGAUGUGGAAGAGAAAGAGGGACUGCCUUCGCUGGACAAACCUGGCUGGUACUCCCAGGGUAACUGGCCCCACCUCCACGAGCUGCUCAAGACCAUGACUGGGAAACCGGAGCCCAAGGUAGUGUAUUUUGGAGACAGCAUGAGGUCAGACAUGUUCCCUGCCAGCAGCUUUGGGAAGUGGGAAACAGUGAUGAUAGUGGAGGAAAUGGAGGGGGAGGGGAUCCCGAAGAGCGACGCAGCAAUGUCUAAUGAGGCCCAAGUGGAGCCGCUGGAGAAGAAGGGAAAGUUUGAGGAGCAGGGUAUGAAGUCACCCUCCGCCGUGUCCAACCAGUGGGGCUCUUACUUUGUGGACGUACACAGAAGUGGAGGAGGGGAUGAGGAGAGCCAGAAACUGACCUGGUGCUGCCACUGCAUUCACAAAUACAGCACCAUGGCCAUCCCUAGUGUUGAGCACAUAGCAGAUCUCCCUCUGGAUUACAAGUUCCCCAGGUUUUCUCCUGACAAGCCCUGCACCACUGGCUACUACCCCAGGCCUCCAGAUUCUUUGCUGAAGAGGUGCGAGAGUCUGUCAUAAAAAAAAGGAAAAAGGGAAAAAAAAAAAAAAAAAAAAGGAAAAAAAAAAAAUCCUUCCUCACCCCUCUGCCUCAGGAGAGGAAUGUGCCUCCAUUUUUGCCUGUAGUUUCCCACCUGACCCCCACCGCCAUCUGUGGAGCACAGGAAGCAUACACUCCUCACCCAUUCAGAGAAACCAUGUGAAUGUAAGCCACAGUAUCUCUCUGUAAUGACGCCUACAUUUGAACGUCGUUUCGUGGUUUAGUGUACCGUAUACACGGAAAUAUGACAAAAUAAGUGUGCGUGUGUGUCUGCAUACAGUAAUAAUAAGGGAUGUAGUGUUUUUAUCGUUUAACGUGUGAAGCCCUAUAUUAUUUUCUAUGGUAGAUUGUAUUAACAUCCGAAUUCUUCAAACUUUUCCGAAAUAAAUUGAAUCCCUAACGUGAUUACCUCAAGAAUGUUAUCUACUGUAAGCAGAACCCAGAUGGUCACAGCGUGUUUGUCCCUAAAAAAAAAAUCCUUUGCAAUCAUUGUGACAGUAUUUCUGUAUAACACUGUUAUUGUGAAGUCUUCUUUUUGGAAAUAUAGUUUCACUGUAUGCAUUUUAGUAACCUUACAAUGAGGUUUAAGGUUUAAUGUUUCCCCCUCGUGUCAGUUUUGUGGAAGGUGUUAAUCUUCAGGUCAUUGUUGCUAAAGACCUGGCACAAUGCUGUCCUUUGUGUUGGCUGUUUCAAAAAACACAACUUUGGGAAACAAUAAUAACAAUGGAUGAUAAAGACUAUGCUAGAUGUUCUCUGUAUUAUUUUUGGUGCAACAGUGACAUGUGGUCUUUGAGUGAUUGUAUAAAAAUGUGGACUACUUGUGCUUCAUUUAUAUGCAGUACCAGAUUGAGAUAUGCUUUAACCGACUUCUGAAUGGUUAUUAUGUCGGUGUGCAUUGACAAGUUGUGCCAUAAUAUUUAAGGAACACCCACUUUGGGACAAAUCUGUGGAAGUUCACUUGUUUCUGUCACAGGAGAUUGACAUGUUGUCUCUGUGCGUGCAGGAAGUGUUUAGCAUAACAUAAGCAAGAAGACUGGAAGCAGGGCUAAGCUGUCAACCUCAUCCCAAAGUACAAAAAUACAGUUUGUGGCAGAAGAUACCAUAAUAUUUUGUCUUGAUAGCUAGCAAGUUUUUUCACUAAUUCAAGAGUCACUUCCACAAGUUACCUGGGAUUUAUGUGACAACAGAGUUAGGACUGUGUGCAGGCUAGAGGUCUUCAUUGAUCCACUUGGUCCCUUGGUCCCAUUCCAGUCAUAGGUCUGCAUGUCCACAUUGCUAAUACCUGAAUUGAUCCAAGUGUAUUAGCUAUUGUAGCUGUUGUUAGGCCGAUCCCUACAUCUACUCAGAUCAAGUCUAAAAAAAAUCUGACAGUUCAGUUUGGGUCUAAUUUAUACACGAGUCAAGUUCAGAUUUAAAGGUUAGAUUUUCUUUAGUUCUGUUUUGAUUUGGAUCCAAAAUCUUUGUAAACCUGGAAUGCACAACAAAUGGUAACCAACAAAUAAUUAUUUUGAAUUAUUUUAUCAAAGCCACUGUUUUACCACCGCCCAUGACGUUUGAAACUAAAGUGUCACAUCCAGAAUUCUUCCCCCGUUCCAUCUCAGAUGGUUUGGUGUCAUCUGUGCAGCACAGUUAGCCUGUUUUUGCAUUAGCAAAGGAAACUACAACAGCUUAGUUUGCUCAGGGGCAGGCAACAGAACAGAGUGACCAUGUGUUACACUAAAACCCCUCCAAAGCAUAAGAUUACUGUUGUACUUACACACUGUGAAUUUUAGCUUCAGAGAGAUGGUUACAACUGAAUACUUAUUUUUGAGUUGUUGCAUGAAUUUCAUCCCUGCUGCACACAGUCACUGCACCUAACUGCUGUAGGUCACAAAUGAGCUGAUUCUUAACUAACAAAACCACAAUUAUUUCAACAUGUUAAUAAAACUGGAUUGGUAUUUUUGACACGGCCAGAGCAGGUUUUUGGCUAGCUGCUAGCUAGCCAGUCUUUGUGCUGAGCUGGGCUGAACAUCCAUGACCUUGCUCUAUGUUAAGUGCAGAGGUGAUACUGAGUUCAGUCUUUUCAUGUGGCUCUGAGUAAAUAAAUAAAUGAGAGGAUUUCCCAAAUGUCAAAGUGUUCGUUUAAGAUGACCAUCGUCUCACAAAUGAAGAGAGAAUAUUUUGUCAUUAGCAGCAUACAGCUGUCAGCAUGUAUGUGAGAUUUGUCAUCCAAAGUGGAUUAUUACUUGUGUGUGUGCAAGUGUUUUAUGCAUAUAGCUGUAGUGAUUGUACUCUUCUUUUCUCAUCUGACCUGGAAAAUUUGACAUGCACAUUUGCCUUAGGUUGGAUUAAUUUGUGGUCUUAAUAAGUAAAAACACAGGGAAAGUUCAAUUCUGUGUGUUCAAGUGUUGAAGUACUGUCAAUGAAAUAAAAUGUUCUACAAUUUUCUAAA